AUGGCGUGCACCCACUUUCCCAUCGCAGCUCGCCUAAUACCUCCAAAGAUUUCUCAAGCUGUUCACCGCGAAGAAUGUACUGAAUGCUUCGACAGUCAGGACAUGCCCCAGGGCAUCGAUGUAUGCUUGCAUUGCUUCAAUGGCGGUUGUGUUGAUGAGCAGGAUGGACACGGCGCUGAGGGUGGCCGCCACCAUGCCAGGAUUCAUUUCGAGAAGACGGGUCACCAGCUUGCAGUGAACAUUCGGAGGGUGCGAAAGCCGCGUCCGCAAACGGAUAACGACGAGCCCCCGCUGAAGCGACUGGCAAUCGGCGAGGAGAGAGAAGAAGACCAGUAUGAUUUCAUCAGAACUGUGAGAUGUUGGGGUUGUGGGGGAAAGCUUCUCCCCGAUGCGAUAAGCAACCUGCGUGUUGCGGCCAUUGUCGAUGGGAUUAGCGAGUCGAUGUCCUCUGCCCGCCAAUCAGAGGUCAAAGCAUGGGAGGAAGAAAUCACCGCAUGUGAACACACGCUCACGCUUCAUCAAACCCCCCCAUCAGCGAUACCUCCGUCCGGAUUGGCCCAUUGCAGUAAAUGUGAUCUUACAGAGAAUCUUUGGUUGUGCUUGGCCUGCGGCUCCUUGGGCUGCGGGAGAAAACAGCACGGUGGUGUUGGAGGUAAUGGCCACGGUCUCGAACAUUAUCUGGAGACGAAGCAUCCUGUCAGCGUCAAGCUGGGCACCAUCACUCCGGAAGGCAGCGCUGACAUCUUCUGUUACGACUGCGACGAGUCACGUCUCGACCCUGAACUGGCUUUCCACCUUGCCAACUUCGGCAUUAACGUUGCUAUUCAAACCAAAACGCAAAAGACUCUGACAGAGCUACAAAUUGAGCAGAAUCUUCACUUCGACUUUUCUCUCACGGAUGAACGUGGCCGAGCCUUGGAGCCGGUCUUCGGCAAAGGUCUCACUGGCCUGGCUAAUCUCGGUAAUAGCUGCUACUUAGCUUCGACUGUGCAAGCCCUGUUUGCUUUACCGCAGUUCCAGAAUCGUUAUCUUCCUUCAGCUGAACUUCAUGCCAUGCUUUGCCCUGUCAAGGACCCUUCCCAAUGCUUGGACUGCCAGAUGCACAAGUUGGCCGACGGGUUGCUUAGCGGUCGAUAUUCCAAGCCAGCUUCGCAUCAAACUCCCCCACCUGUCUCUUCCGAUCUCAACACUAUUUCUGACGACGCUAUGCCUGCCCCUACGUUCCAGGCUGGUCUCAAGCCAUCAAUGUUCAAGGCCCUUAUUGGAAAAUCACACCCAGAGUUUUCCACCAUGCGCCAGCAAGACGCUUCCGAGUUCUUGACGUAUCUUUUGCAACUGCUACGCCGAGACGGUCAACGCAAAUCUGUCGACGCUUCGAUGGAACCCCCCCACAUCUUUGAAUUUGGCACAGAGCAACGCCUUCAGUGCAAGAAAUGUAAUGGGGUUCGAUAUCGCGUCGACGAGAACGAGAUUGUUGGCAUUAACGUUCCAGUUCGAGAGACAGGAAAGAUGACUGAAGACGCAAAGAUAGUCUACGAGUCAGUCACUCUAGAAGAGUGCCUAGAGGCUCUCCAUGAAGAAGAGGAGAUUGAUUAUCGCUGCCCGCGGUGCAAGACAGAAGCACAGGCAGUUACGCAAACUAGCUUUGCGAGCUUCCCCGACGUCCUGGUCAUCAGCCCCAAGAAGUUUCAGCUAGUUAAUUGGGUACCGCAAAAGCUCGACGUACCGCUGAUCGUGCCCAUCGAUGGCACUCUCGUCCUCGACAAAUAUCUCGGGACGGGUCAACAGGAAGGAGAAGAUCUCCUUCCCGAGGAUGCGCUGGAAGGUGCGACAUUGCCUGAGUUCAAUGCCACUGCGAUGAGUCAGCUUGAGGGAAUGGGUUUCCCCACUGUCCGGUGUCAGAAGGCGUUACUGGCUACUGGAAACUCAGAUGCUGAGACCGCCAUGCAGUGGCUGUUUGAGCAUAUGGAAGAUCCUGACAUUGAUGAACUGAUCGCCUUGGGGUCCGCCACCGCGAGUACCGGCCCGGAAGCGAGUCCUGAACAGAUAUCAAUGCUCUCAGACAUGGGAUUCACCCAAGCGCAAGCAAAAAAGGCUCUCCACGAAACAGCAGGCAACAUGGAACGGGCGGUGGAAUGGUUAUUCAGUCACCCUGAAGCUGAUGACGAUGCCGUCGUUGAAGAGCAUGUUCCGGCGCCUGCCAAACCUAUCCCCGGUUCAACUGUCCUACCCGCAAAAUAUACCCUCAAGGCAUUGAUAUCUCACAAGGGACCAUCGGUACAUUCGGGUCACUACGUAGCGCAUAUCAAGGAACCUGAGCUCGGAUGGGUGUUGUUCAAUGACGAAAAGGUGGUGAAAGCGGAUCAAGAGAGCGUAGAGAGUCUGGGAAAGCUAGCAUACUUGUAUGUGUUUGAGAAAGCGUUGUAGAGACAUGACGCAGGGUUGAAGUGAAUACUGCCAUCCAACAACUCAUUGCGUGUACAAAUGAAAUC